CCUCCCUCCCUCCUGCCGGCUGCGGGACGCCGCUCCCCCAGGGCGAUGGCGGGGGCGCCCGCAGGGCGGUAGGUCGGCCGGCGGCGGCGGCAGGUGAGGGGCUCAGAUCCAGCACCAGACUCGUGAGCUUACCACAUCUUGUGUAAUGGAAUUGCUCAGAAUUUCACUGCUGUAAAAGAGGAGAUUUGGAUUCUUCAUAGUUGGCACUGAGACAGUACCCACUCACUACCAAACUAAGUGGCACUAUGUGCUCCAGAGGAAAGAUGGGAACAAACAUUGUUCUGCAACUGUCCUGUGGCAUGGGGAGGAGGAGCAAAAGGAAUUUCCAUGGGAUGUAGAUCAUGCUACUGGACUGCAUUUGGGUGAAGGAUGAGUUCUGCACUUCUCAUAGGAGUCUUCCAACACAUUUUCUACAUUACUUUGUAAUAGUGUUAUAAGUAAGCUUAUGCGAAACAAACGGUAUUAGAUCAUGAGUGAAGAAAAAAGCUUUGGUGUAUCCCAGAAAAUGUUGUCUCCUUCAAGAAGUACUAGCAGCUGCUCCUCCAAGCAGGGAAGUCGACAGCAGGACAGCUGGGAAAUUGUAGAAGGACUCCGGGGAGCGAUGAAUUGUACCCAGGAGCCACAAAAGCAGGAGGGCUGCUUGCUGAAAAAGAGGAAAUGGCCUUUGAAGGGCUGGCACAAGAGAUACUUCUUUUUGGACAGAGGGAUUUUGAAGUAUGCUAAAUGCCAAGCUGAUAUAGAGAGAGGGAAGCUUCAUGGCUGUAUUGAUGUUGGACUUUCUGUCAUGUCUGUAAAGAAAUCAACAAAAUGUAUAGAUUUGGACACAGAAGAGCAGAUAUACCACCUGAAGGUGAAAUCUCAGGAGCUGUUUGAUGAAUGGGUUGCAAAACUUCGGCAUCACAGGAUGUACCGGCAGAACGAAAUCUCCAUGUUUCCUCAUGAUGUCAAUAAUCUUUUCUUCCCUGUCUCUGCAACUGCCGACUCUGCCCCUGGUUUCUUUGAUUCCACUCCCAGUAGAAAGGCAAGCAGCUUGACCAAACAGAAUUCAUUGUCAGCUGGAGGUAACUUGUCAUUUUCCUUUUCGAGUAAUGAGUCCAGGAUUUCAUCUUGGCUACAGUCUUCUGAAGACAUGGAAAAAUGCUCAAGAGACCUCUCCAACUGUCACACAUAUUUACUGGAAAUGAACCAGCUGUUACAGAGCAUGGAUGUUCUCCACAGGACAUAUUCAGCACCCGCUAUAAAUGCUAUGCAGGUUGGACCUUUUGAAAGCCCAAAGAAGGAAAAGAGAACACACAGGAGGUGGCGAUCCAGAGUUGUUGGGAAGGAGGCUAAAGCAAUGUUACAGGUGCCUUCUGUAUUUUCUGCCCCUAUGAGACUGCAUGCUUCCAAUCCUAACUUAUCUACAAUAGAUUUUGUAGAGGAGAAAAAUUAUUCAGAUGGCUCUGAAACAACAUCAGAAUUUACUAAACUGCAAGAGGACUUAUUGCACAUUGCACAUAAAGUUUACUUCACCCUGAGGUCAGCUUUCAGCACCAUAUCUACAGAGAGAGAAAAGGUGAAGCAGAUGCUGGAGCAUGAUGCAUCCUCAUCUCCCUCUGCACAAAUAGUUGGCUUGAAGAAUGCCUUAACAUCCGCAUUAGCACAAAACACAGAUCUUAAAGACCGGUUACGCAGAAUACAUGCCGAAUCUAUGAUCCUUGAUUCAGCAUCUAAUGCAAAAUCAAGUCCAGAUUUGGUGAAGGAAAAUGCAAGAGAAGAAGGCAGAGGUCUGGUUCACCAGGUCUCCAACGAAAGCAGACUGUCUAUAGCUGACUCUCUCACAGAAUUUUUUGAUGCACAGGAAGUCCUACUGUCUGCUAGCUCUUCAGAAAAUGAGGUAUCAGAUGAUGACUCGUAUGUAAGUGAUAUCAGUGAUAAUGUCUCAGAAGAUAACCUAAGCAAUGACAUGGAGAAUGAAAGACACACUUUAGACUGUAUUUCUGAAAGUGGAAUUAGAUGCAAUUCUAAACGGAGAACAUGUUUACCAGCUCCAUGUCCUAAUACGAGUAACAUCAGCCUAUGGAAUAUCCUGAGAAAUAACAUAGGAAAGGAUCUCUCCAAAGUGGCCAUGCCUGUUGAAUUAAAUGAGCCGCUCAACACCCUUCAGCGUCUCUGCGAGGAGCUGGAGUACAGUGAACUACUAGAUAAAGCAGCACAUACACCUAACCCCUUUGAACGGAUGGUCUAUAUAGCUGCAUUUGCAGUCUCUGCAUAUGCAUCCAGUUACUACCGAGCUGGAAGUAAGCCAUUUAAUCCUGUGCUUGGAGAAACCUAUGAAUGUAUUCGUGAAGAUAAGGGUUUCCAGUUCUUUGCGGAACAGGUCAGUCACCAUCCACCUAUUUCUGCAUGCCAUGCUGAAUCUGUGAAUUUUGCUUUUUGGCAAGAUGUAAGAUGGAAAAACAAAUUCUGGGGAAAGUCCAUGGAAAUUGUUCCAGUUGGUACAACACAUGUAACUCUUCCAGUUUUCAAAGACCAUUUUGCCUGGAACAAGGUGACAUCUUGCAUCCAUAAUAUCUUAAGUGGGCAAAGAUGGAUUGAACAUUAUGGAGAGAUCAUCAUCAAAAAUCUUAAUGAUGACACUUGCCACUGCAAGCUGACUUUCUUAAAGGCAAAGUAUUGGAAUCCAAAUGCCUACGAAAUUGAAGGCAGUGUGAUGGAUAAAGGUGGGAAAGUUGUGCAUCGACUCUUUGGGAAGUGGCAUGAAAGUUUAUACUGUGGAACAAGUGCAUCUUCAAACUGCAUAUGGAGAGCAAAUCCGAUGCCAAAAGGUUAUGAACAGUGGUAUGGAUUUACUCAAUUUGCACUGGAGUUAAAUGAACUGGACCUGCAAACUAAGUCAUUACUUCCAUCCACUGAUACACGUUUUAGGCCAGAUCAAAGGUUUCUAGAAGAAGGGAAUAUUGAAGGAGCUGAAAUGCAAAAGCAGAGGAUUGAGCAGCUACAGAGAGAAAGACGGAAGGUGCUGGAAGAAAACAAUCUAGAGCAUCAGCCUAGAUUUUUCAGGAAAUCCAGCGAUGACUCCUGGGUGAGCAAUGGAACCUACAUGGACCUCAGAAAAGAACCUGGUUUUUCCAAACUGGACAAUCCUGUCCUCUGGUGAAAAAGGAGCUAAGUGAAGAUAUUUUGUGCUGUAUUCUCGGAUCCAAUUUAAAAGAAGACUAUAUAAAAUACGUCUAUAUAUAUACAUACACACACACACAUAUAUAUAUACACACACAUAUAAUAUAUGUGUGGGGCGUGUGUACGUGUGCAAGUGUGCAUAUCUGCAGAAUUAUGCUUAAUUUAGAAUCUGAUAAUAUUUUCCUUUACUCUGACUGUUGCAGUGAUUGUUUGAAUGUACAAAUUCCCUAACUUCUUUUUAUAAAAUAUUUAAUAAAUAGUACUGAAUGUUAACAGUGAGAGGGAAAAAAGGAGCUUUUACACUGUUUUUCCAAUGUGUACUGAUAUCAGUUCUGAGUUAACUUAUGCCUUAUUGAACUGCAUUGGAGAUAGUAGCAUCAGCAUCUCCUGGCAGUGCUGAGCAGUUGGAGUGCAAGCCUUAGCAACUCAGUAGGCUUCCAGUUCUGUGAGUAGUUAAGCUGUCUCUGGGCUGGUGUAAAUUGCUAAAACAGAUUAUCAGCUGGUGCUGCGAUCUGAGUAUGAUCUUUUGGUGUCUGUAGAAAAGAUUUAAGUAAGCUUUUGUUUGCAUUAGCUUUCUUAACAUUGUGGAAGAGGUAGUUCUGAGCUCACAUCAGUGGUUCUACUGCCUUAUACAUAAGCUGUACCUGGCUAAGAGUAGUGCUAGGAAUUAAGGAAUUGCCAAAAUUUUCCACUGGGAAUCUACGGAUUUAUAGCCCCCAAAAGGGCAAGAGGAGGAUAUCCUUUGUAUAUACUGCUUGAGCACUGACUAGAUGAAGAAGCUCUUUUCCAGUAAGCAAAAUCUACACAGAGCACGAAAUCCUGUGCUUCCAUAGCUUUGUUUGUUUUUAUUAACCUAACAAUUGCAACAGUAAGACUUUUUAAAAAAGUAAGCAAACUGAUUGUUUUAAGCUAGAAAUUUUUUCUUAGUAUUUUGAUAUUUUCUACCUCUUAAUAAAUAGCAUAUUUAAGAUCUUAUAUUUAAAAAAUUACCAUCUGCCUUAUGGAGAAAUGUAUGAAGUCUUUGAUCUUCCUCUGUUUAUGUUCAGAUAAAUAUUCGAGUGUCUUGCACUAAAUCAAUUGCAUCUCUUUCCUGUAAUUUUAUACAUAUGGCUAGAAUUGUGAAAAUACUAAACCAUGGGUCAGAAAUAGAGCAGGAAACAAAUGUAGCAGAAGUCACACUUUUGAGUGAAGAUUAUAGCAAUGGGCAGUAUUUGUUUUCUCCAUCAAAUCACAAUGCCACAGUCAUUAACAGAGUAUUUUGCAUUCCUACCUAUCUGCAUCUCAAGCCUGACCCAUGAUUCUUCAUGUUUGUUAUAUGUGUCUGUGACUCUCUGGCAACAAUGCAGUUCUCAUGGUUAGAUCUAUAGCCUGUCACAACCCCCAUCCCCUUUUUGUUUUCCUUACAUGACACUUCAAUAACAGAAAAUAUACCCAGAAGCUGUUGGCGUGUUUAACUGGCUUAUUGACUGGAACAAUUGCACAGAGCAUGGAAAAGGAAGACUCCUAGGGGGAAUAGCAUUUUAGAAAAUUUCGCACUUUACUGUGUGCUGUGUUGUUCUAAGAAAACCCAUUAAAAAUGGAUCCAUGUAUUAUAGGUAACAUGAAGGAAAUACUCUGAAUGCUUCCAUUUUAAACCAAAUCUGCCAUGUUAGAUGAGACAUAGAUUUGAAUUUUGCUUUCUGUUACCUGGAAGCCCCGCUGUCUUAGAGGCAGAUUAAUGUUUUUUCACCAUUUUUCACUUUGCCCAGGAACUCUGCCUCACUGUAAUUUCUGUAAUUUAUUACCAAAGAAGUUAGCAUAAUUCUUUCUAUUUAAUGUGUCUUUCCAAGUCUUGACUACCACACCAGCAGCUUUUACAACAAGGCAAGGUUCUCAUCAAUAUGAAGACAAAAUCUAGGCUUUGAUUACAAAGGAAAUCCUAACCCUUGGGGGCUGUUUGGUUUUUCAAGGAAAGCAAGGAUCUCUUCAUGACUUGUUCCCUUGAUGUGUCUUAUUCUUGUAUUAACAGCCAAAACUUGGCACAGAAAUGAGUUGAUAUUUGUAAUAAUCCUUGCUGUUGGAAUUACCAUUUGUACUAAGAAUAACGUUCAUUUAACAACAAAAGAGGGUAUGGGAAAUUAAAAAAAAAAAAAAAAACAACCAAAAAAACCCAAAAACAAACAACAAACAAGCUUUUAAGAAAAGGAGCAAAAUUUAUGGAGGAUGUAUUAAUUUUGUUCAUCAUCAUAUUUGGCAGCUUCUGUGACUGCUGGGUUUGUGUUUUUUUAUGUAUGGAGGGGAUUUCCCCAAACUUUAGCAUAUGACCUAAUGGUUGAUAGCAUCUGAAAUUAAAGGACUUGAGGCUAAAAGGCAAAGUUAAAGAAUUGUAAUGCAUUAAAAUCAACAGGUGUUACAUGAAAUUAAUCUCAUAUUGGGUGUUUGAGUCAUGAUUCUUAAGAAGUCAGAGGGGCAGUCUUGCAUCUUACAAUUUAAAAUGUCCAAAAUAUAUUUGAUUAAUGACAAGAAACAUUGGGCUGAGUAGUGCCUUAUAUAUUAUUUUCUUCAACCAAAUUCCCGUAUCAAGAAGGUAAACUUUAAAAUUUUACUUUCGUUCUCCAGAAAAAUAAUGCCUGAUAAUAGCCCAGGAUAUUUCUUAAAUACACGAAGCAAAAUCAUUGCACAAGUAAUAGCUCCUUUUGUAAAUCUCUGACACACUUCUGUAAACAGUGUAACCAGUCGUGAAUGAUCCUCUCACCUCAUGUUUCCAAACUGCAAGAGAGUUCUUGCUGCUUGUUUUUGUAUGAAACAAUUUGAUUUAGUUGUUAAACUUUGAACAACUGUAUAGUAAGUGGAAGAAAAUGGUCUUGAUGUUACUUCUGUGUAUUUCUUCAUAAAAAUAUAUUCAUCAUUCACAAACCUUCAUAUACUCUAUACAGUUAUUCUUAGUAAAAGAUGGAAUGUCAUUUUCUUUCCCCAAACGUAAGAAGUGUUAAUGGGUGCAAAACUUAGAUUAGCUUUCUCCAUUUUUACUCUGAAUCAUAAGAAGAACAUAUCAGGCAACUUGCUGCUUCCUUUCAUACACAGCAGUGACCCCCAAGCUGUUUAGUUCAGUGGAUCAGUCUUAACAUUUUGUGAUGAUCGUUGCCUGCUGUUACAGCUCUCUUAUUUGAUGACUUUAUAAACAUUACUUAAUAUUAUUUUGGAGGGCAGUUUGAGAAGCACUCAUCUAGUCCUGCUUUUCUUUGUAUACCCAUCCACAAAGUAAAAAAACUCGCUGUAAACUUAUGUCAAGGUGAUGGAGCAGCUCAGGCCUUUGGGUGUUAAAACACUGGCUCAGUUUCAAAUUACACAGCAAGGAAAGGAAAAAUCCAGGGAAAUAGUGUUCAUAGAAACAAAAACUCUACUUCCAGAUUUGCAGACGUGACACUUAAUUUCUGAUUUUGGUUCAUAAUAAGUUUGGAAUUAUGAAACAUCAGUGUAACUUGUUUAGGAGACUACCCUUGAUAACAUAAAGUGCCCUUUUAGACUGCUUGGAACUGGCAUGCACCAUUAAUCAUUGCAUUCCUUUCUUAAUCUUUGCUCUCUGAGAUAUGUUUUAUGUAUUAUUUUGUCAGCACUGAUCUAGUCUUAGACGCUUUUUGCCAUACAGAUCCAGUAAAGUACUUAGCUUCUUUAUAUAGAGAUUGGAAAAUUAGAUGCAUGGGAGGAAGAAAACAGCCACAAUUUUCAGAAGGAAACAUCCUAGAGGCCUGUUCCUCCACCACCAAGUUUUUGAAGAUUCUGAAGCAGGAUUUCUGGUUUCUCUAAAAAACUAGCCCCUGAAGGGGAGCUGGUGGUUGCAAACAUGGUCACCUUAUUAUUUGGAAAUUUAGUGCUCAAGCCAGAUCACAGUACGAAAGGAACACAAAUUCAUGGCACCAGAGCAUACAAUCAGGGACUGCUUGUGCAGGGAUUGCACAAAGGGACUCAAAAAAACCCAACCUAACAAAAACCUCACCCCUUCCCAUGCCUCCACUUUCCCUCAGCUGUUUACAGCCCUGUUUACAUUUUCUGUGUGGCCCCUCAUAUCGAUAAGUCCUUAUUCAGUGUCCUGUUUUCUCUCUGUUAACAAAACCCUAAAAUCUGAAAAAUAGGGAAACAGUCCAUCCUAAGAAGCUUUUAAAUGAGAAAUCAUGCCUAAAAGCUGUAGUGCAAAACUUCCCCAUAAACACUGUGGCCCACUUCUGUAUCUUUUCCUUGACUGUGAACAGGACUUUCUUCCCAUUUGCACUCUGGAGUCAGACCACAGCCUGGUAAGGGUGAUGUGCUACAGAAAUAUAUAGCUAUAUCUGCUCAGCAUACUGCUCAUUAAUGUCUUUGCAUCUGCUUUUGUCUAAAUCAUUUCUGUUGUCUCUCUAGAUGACCAGCUUUGCAGAGCAGGAAAACUGCAGCAUAUCUUAUUUUAUUCAAAACAGCUUUUUGUGUGUGUGUACAACUUAUACAGAGGGGGAAAGCUGAAGAGGAGUGCAAAACUUGAUCCACAGUGCAUAUAUAGUAGAGAGAAGGAUGAAAUCCAACUUCUCCACAUAGCUGAAUACAUUGUGCAAGGGCUAGAGUCGGAUGGUGCUAUUCAAAGUCAAAAUGAAAGGAGGGUGGUUUUUCUUGUUAUGCCUACUAUAAAUAAAAUUCACAGUAUUCACUAACUCCGUUUUCCUAUUUCCUAGCUACUGGUGGGUGCAACUUACUCCAGCAGCUGUGGGUUCAUAAGAAACCGCACACGUUAUCUGGUUUAGCUGUUGAAACUUAGUAAAUGCUGUAACUUAUCACCAAAUGUAUUGCUGUACUGCUCAGUUCUUAGAUACUGUCCUUGCUGCAGCUUUUGAAAGCAAUAAGAGAAAUUUUCCACAUGAAUAGCCAUAUGUUUAAAAAAAUAAUUUUAAGUGGUUAAUUUUUUAUAUAAAUUGUGGAUUUGGUGUUUUUGUUGUAUAAAACAAAAUUGUGUUAAAGCUUAUGAAAAUCUUUGGGAGGUCCACAAGAGCUGAUGAGCUCCUUCAGCUCUGCACCUUUGAGAUGGCUGGUGUCCCUGAGAAUCAGGUAGUCUUGUAUUUAUGUUAACAGUAUUCUAGUUCCAGUACUGGAAAAACAUACCACAUGUAUGAGGUAUUACAUAAGAAAGCUGCUUAAUGCUGGAUUUGCUGCUUGUUUUGAUAGGGCAUUAGUGAUUUCAGAAUGAAGAAAGGUAUCUUAUGUGUUAGAGUUGUCACUGACUUUCAGAUUUUUGAGAGAAAUUUCCGUAGUCAGGAUCAUUCCUGUUUCCUGCUUCACUUACUCCAAAAAUUUGUAAUAAUGUUGGAGCACCUUGAUGCGCAAUUUGAUUUAUUAUUUUUGUCUCUGUAACCAAUUUGGUUGGAUGUUAAUAAAUCAUACUUGCAAAAGGUCA